AACAAUCAUCAUCUAUUAACAUUCUGCACAUCUGAUGAAACCGAAGACUGCUCCUCAGAUGCAGCGGCCGAGGAGAUCGUCUAGACCGUCUGCUAUGCACAGGCGUAGAUACUCAUUUGAUAGUGGUACAUCAUUAGAACAAAACGUCUUCAAAACUACAUCAAUUGAGGCUAAAGGUGCAUUACCAAUAGAAUACGAUGAUAAUGGUGAUCCAAUUCCUUAUACGACAACUGUUAAUUCGGCUACAAUUGGUAAAUCCGCCAUCCCAGUACCAAAAUCUGAUAAACUCAAUCUAUCGAAAGUCAGAAUAAACGCUCCUAUAAACCCACCAGAGAGGACUAAAAAACGAAUGUUUAAUUUACCUCACUGUCCAGUCUUUUAUCCAACUGAAGAAGAGUGGAAUUUGAACCCAUUCGAGUAUAUGGAGCAUCUAUCAGAUGAUUACAACGCAACCAAUUUUGGUAUUUGUAAAAUUGUACCACCAGCUAAUUGGAGACCUGAAUUUUCAAUCGAUAGUAGAAAUUUUAGGUUUAGAAGUAGAUUACAGAGAUUAAAUACUGUUACAGCUGCUUCACGCGUCAAAACGAAUUAUUGCAGGCAGUUACUCAGAUUCCAUAACCAAAAUGGUUCGUUUUUAUCGUCAAAUCCACACAUUGAACGCAAACCAAUUGAUAUUUAUGCAUUGAAAGCGGAUGUUGCUAGAUUGGGCGGUUAUGACCACAUAGAAAGAACAAAUAAUUGGUUGUCCGUCGCAAGAGAACAAGGUUUUGUAAAGUCUAAACCAAGGUUCAUUUCUAUGGCUUUUAAAGAAGCAUACGAAGAUUACAUACAACCGUAUGAGACAUUCGUGUCAAUAUUCAAAGAACGCCUAGAGAGCAAGAAGACAGAAGAGAUAAAUAUGAGCUUUGAUGAUAGUGACACAAUAAAGUAUAGACUCAAUGGUGAGACAAAUAACGGUGGAGAUCAGGUAAUGGAAGAUGUAAAGCUUGAAGAAGGACUCGGAAACGCUUUACCUAGAAGACUAGCUAUGUCUUCAAGUCCACCACCUAUAGAUCAACCAGUUAUAAAGGCUGAACUGAAUGGCUCUUCCAUUGAAUGCUCUAACUGUAAACAAUUCGACACUCCAGAUCGCGUUGUUCAAUGCGCAGAAUGCGAGAAUCAUUUCCAUCUUGAUUGUCUUAUAUAUCCCCUUCUUAAAAGGCCUGACGUUCAAGAUUGGUUCUGUGAUGCUUGCCUAUACGGUAGUGGUGAAUACGGUUUCGAUGAAGGUGAAGACCACUCCUUGGCUAGUUUCCAGGCUAGGGACGAGGAUUUCAGGAAACUGUGGUUCGAAACACAUCCACCAAAGACCAAAGGACGAGUCGCACCAAAUGGUGUUGAACAGAAACUUGGAAAUAAGAUUGUCUCUGAAGAUGACAUUGAGAAGGAGUUCUGGAGGCUCGUUGACUCUCAAGAUGAGAUCGUCGAGACUGAAUAUGGUGCAGAUAUUCAUACCACUGAAACUGGUAGUGCUUUCCCAACACCGAAGACACACCCUGAUAGUAAAUACGCAACUAGUGGAUGGAAUCUCGCUAAUAUGCCUGGAUAUGAUGGCUCAGUUUUAAGCUACAUCAAGAAUGAUGUUAGUGGUAUGACUGUACCCUGGAUUUACGUUGGUAUGAUGUUCUCGACGUUUUGCUGGCAUAACGAAGACCACUACACCUACUCUGUUAACUACAUGCAUUGGGGAGAGACUAAAACUUGGUAUGGUGUUCCAGGUAAAGAUCACGAGAAGUUUGAAGACGCAAUGAGGAAGAGUGCACCAGAAUUAUUUAGUCAACAACCAGAUUUGUUGCUUCAAUUAGUCACUCUAGGUAAUCCUGGUCAACUAAAAGAUGCAGGCGUCCCAAUAUACGCCUGUGAUCAGCGACCAAAUGAAUUCGUUAUCACAUUCCCAAGAGCAUUCCAUUGUGGUUUCAACCAUGGUUUCAACUUCAAUGAAGCUGUCAACUUCGCUCUUCCGGAUUGGAUUCCUGAAGGUAGAGCUUGUGUGGAGAAGUAUAGGUCAUUAAAGCGUAACCCAAUUUUCUCGCACGAUGAAUUACUUGUCACAAUCAUUAACAAAGGUUUCGAUGAUUCGCUCUGGGUUUAUUUGAAAGACGCAAUUUUGGAUAUGGUUAAGGAUGAAGUGGAACACCGUAAGCAGUUUAGUAGCGUUACUCAGGGAGAUAUCGAAAGUGUGACAAAGUAUGUCGAUGAAGAUGAUUAUCAGUGCUCCAAUUGUAGAGCUUAUACGUAUCUUUCACAAUUAUAUGAUAGAGGUACCAAAAAGAUCUAUUGUCAUAGGCAUUUUAAACAAUUUAUGGAGAAUUCAGCACCUCAUAAUAGAGCAAUGAGGAUCAGAUAUAGCGACUCUGAAUUAGACGGUUUCAGAAAUGCGGUUCUUAAUCACGAACAAAAGAAUGCAGAAUGGAUUAAUAAAGCUAGAAUCUUGCUCGAUGCGAAUCAAACAAAGUCGGUUGAUUUGACUGAUCUGAAAGAGCACCUCAAGAAGUCUGUUGGGAUUCCACAUAGAGUUCAUGAAUAUUCACGUCUGAAAUCAUUCAUCAAGGCAAUCGAAUCGUGGAUUGAUCGAGCUAAUAAAUUUUGGAUCGAUUGGAAUGAUACCCAGGGAACGAUAAUAGAUUCUAUAGAUCCAUUACCAAAUCGAUUAAAUAAUUAUGGUACUUUGAUCAAUCUUUUAACUUCACCUGUUCGUAGUCGACUCGAUGUCAGAAAGUAUUUCCCACAUGUGAUACAACUUGAGAAGCUUAAAAGUAUCUUAGAUUGGGCCAUGGUAGUUUCUUCAAAGUAUAAUCUCGACAGUACAAUUGAUGAGAACAAUAAAGUCGAAUAUCAGAAUGUUUUGGAUAUAUUGAAAGACACGAAUGUGAGAGGAAUCAAAGAAAGUGUUCCGUUAUACCACUUAAAGCGUAAAUUUAAAUGGAUGAGUGCCGUAAAUAAUUCAACAAUAAAUGGUCUCAAAUAUACGCAAGAAGUUGAUGGACUUCUUCAAGAAGCUGAAACACUUCACAUACGAGAUCGCGAUCAUUGGGCUUUGGCCUUACUUCAUGAUAAGAAGGAUGAAGGUUUCGAUUGGCGUUCUAAAGCUCUCAAAUUGUGUUCUCAUGUCGCUAUCACACCUGAGCAAGUUCAACAACUACUAGAUGAGGUUUCUGUUAAAGAUCAGAAUCUAGUGAAGGAUUUCCACAGAUUGAUGAACUUUACUGAAAACGUUAAGCAUGUCUUAGAUAAUCACAAUGAUACGCUUAGCAAAGAUGGUUACUUCCUUUCUGAAGCCAAAAGGGAAUUGGAAUUUGUCAAGACAUAUAGAUUUAAAGUAAAGAAUUACAAAAAUUUCGAUAUACUUAUCAAGCAUUAUGAGACAUUUAUCAAGAAGAUGGUUGAUGCUCUCAAAAUUGAUCUUGUUAACUUUGAUAUGUUGAAGUUGGAAAAACAGGCGCAAUUCCUUACGAAAAGACUCCAUCGACGUGUUCAAGAGCGUAUCGUAAAUGACGACAUUGAACGUAUGUGCUUAUGCAGAGUCGAGAAAGAUACAGGUGUAGAUGUUCUUGAUUGCAGAACAUGUGGUACUUCAUUCCAUCAUGGCUGUCUCCCAUAUGAUCACUCGGGUAUCCAAGAUGACUACUUUGAAUGCCUCCUCUGCAAACCUCAAGGUAAAUUACCAGAUAUAACUGAUUUGCCAAAUUUUAAGGAGCUUGCAAGCAUAAAGAAGCAGAUGUUUGAAGGACAUAGUGAGAAACUAAAAAUCCGCACUAAACAAGUCCUUGAAACAAAGGCGAUGAUUGACAAAUGUAACAGUUUCAAUAGUGAUCUUUACAAAUUAGUGGUUUCUGAUAAUUUGUCAACCUUGCGCAAUACUGCAUUAACUCUCAUAGGAGUUGGUAUCGCAUUCGAUGGUUUCGAUCCUCAAAUGAUAACUGAAAAAAUACAAAAGUUAUCAAACUCUGAUAAGAAGAGGAAGUCCGAUAUAAAUAUUCCACUUGAUGAUGAGUCUGGAAGCACUUCUAAUGGCCUUACCGGUAGAACACGUAGACCGAAAUUCCUCUUUCGCGAAGAUCCACCAAUACUGAACACGGCAGAUGACAAAGGAGUGGUAAAACAUUGCAUUUGUCAGAAAUUUCAAGAUAGACAAAAUCAAAUGAGUACAAUGGUUAUUGGUUGCGAUAGAUGUAAGAAUUGGUUCCAUGUUGAGUGUGUUGGUGGUGCUCAACAAUUGGAGAAAAUUUCAGGUCAGAAAUUUAAUUGUCCAUGCUGUUCAUUGAAGUUUGGAAGGGUAUUUCAAUACCUACCGGUGAUAAUUCAACUUGAAGGAGAUAUAGGAACGAAUUUAUUCGUGGAUGUCAAUAAAACUGUUAAGAAUUUAACGCAAGUUGUCAAGUUUGAGCUUGAACCGGGUAUCAUUGAUGCUAGCGUAAUUGUCUUGCAUAUGUACCGUUUCGUACCUGGAGCAAUCGAGCCGGCAGUGCAAUCAAAAUUGUCGCAGACUCCAGAAGAUGGAAUAAAGCGAAGGAAAUACGAGACGCCACCUACGUUAGCACCUCCAACAGUACCUUCACCUCAAGUUCAAUCACCACAGCGAAGAAACGUAAAAGUUACGGGUUGGCAGCCAGAUGGAGCAAAUAAUGACGUCGGGAGCGUGGAUAUAGAAAUAACUGUAUAGCUAGACGCUUAUUUAAAUUAAUUUAUUCUUUUUUGUAUUUGUAUCACCUUUCAAAUUGAC